AAUCCAUGACAUUAUAAAGUGGGCCCGAUAUUUCCCUGUGUUUCUGAUAUUAGCCCAUAUUGCUGCAAAUCUUCAUUGACCCUUUUUCGCGAUACGACGACGUUUUGUGAAAUCCCUUCUUUUGACUGAAAAAGGACAAGGCAUCAUCAUUCACAACUUUGACGCUCGUUGUCCUCCGUUGCUCGGUGGUUUUACGCCUGGAAAACACACCAAGACGAUCUCGUUUUAAUCUUCAAGGUGGAUACCCCGAGAAAGUCAAUCGGCUUGGUCGAGGUCCGAGAAACUUCUGGCAUUUAUUUGCAGGACAAUGGCAUCUUCUUCGGAUUCAUGGGUGAGAGAGUACAAUGAAGCUUUAAAGCUGUCCGAGGAUAUAAAUGGCAUGAUAUCAGAACGGAGUUCAUUGGCUGUAGUAUCAGGGCCUGAAGCUCAACGGCAUGCUUCUGCAAUACGAAGAAAGAUCACGAUUCUUGGGACUCGACUAGACAGUCUGCAGUCCCUUCUAGCUAAGAUUCCGGGGAAGCAACCCAUUUCGGAGAAAGAGAUGAAUCGACGCAAGGACAUGAUUAGCAAUUUGAGAUCAAAAGCAAGUCAGAUGGCAUCUGCAUUGAACGUGUCAAACUUUGCAAAUAGAGACAGCUUGCUCGGGCCAGAAACAAAGCAGACUGACAGCAUGAGCAGAGUUGCUGGCAUGGACAACCAAGGAAUUGUUGGAUUUCAGCGUCAAGUUAUGAGAGAGCAAGACGAGGGACUUGAGAAGUUGGAGGAGACAGUCAUAAGUACAAAACACAUUGCUUUGGCAGUUAAUGAGGAACUGAACCUGCAGACAAGGCUUAUCGAUGACUUAGACUACCACGUGGAUGUUACCGAUUCCCGCUUACGGCAGAGAGUACAGAAGAGCCUUGCUGUAAUGAACAAGCGCAUGAGAGGUGGUUGCUCUUGUGUGUCCAUGCUCUUAUCCGUCAUUGGGAUUGUGGUUCUGGUCGUUGUGAUUUGGCUGCUAGUCAAGUACUUGUAAUUCCCCGACAGGACAGCAUAAUGAGCUGUCCUCCCCUGUAGUAAUUGUAUGUAUCCGGAUUUAUCUGUUUUUCCUCGUCCAAUUGUCUGCGCCUUCCCUUGUUUUCUUCUUCCUGUGAAACCUUCAUGAGUAUAUAACGUGCACGCACUGGUUUCAUAUCUUUGCAAGUUGUAAGCCUUUCUGUUUCGGCAAAACCAGCUGCUUCAUAAUUACUGUAUUCUAAUCCAA